GUCAUUACAUCCGAUUAAACAGGCACUUGGACAAACCCAGCAUGCCAGCGCUCCUCUGGAUCCCUCUAGCGGCGUCGCCUCGGUUAUACCCGAGCUGCUGAAGAGACGCUGUGCGGCUGGAGAGGUUCCCCGGAGCGCAGUCUUUCACCUCCUCCUCCUCCUCCUCCUCCAUACUGCCUCCUUCUUCUGCACAUCUGUCCGCGCUGGUCUCCGCCCGCCUGCGUCCAACAAAAACACGACUGAUUUGUUUGCUGGUGAAAAAAGGAGGAAAUAACGAGAAAGAUGGUUAAACUUGGGAGUAAUCUACAAGACAAAGGGAUUAAAGCGGUGUCCGUUGAAGAUGGAUUUCAAACCGUUCCUCUUAUCACACCCUUGGAUGUUAGUAAUCUUCAGUACCAAGCGCCAGACAAGGUGGUGGUAAAGACACGAACUGAAUACCAAACAGAGCAGAAGAACAAGGCCAAGAUGAAGGUGCCUAAGGUGGAGGAAUACACCAUAAGCUUCACUGAUGGGGUGUCAGAGAGACUGAAGGUCACCAUCCUAAUUGUCCUGGCUUUGGCUUUUCUUGCCUGCAUAGUGUUCUUAGUGGUGUACAAGGCAUUCACGUAUGACCACACCUGCCCAGAUGGCUUUGUCUACAAGCACCAGCGAUGCAUCCCAGCCUCCCUGGAGGCUUACUACACCGCACAGGAUGCACACUCUCGCGGCCGCUUCUACACGGUGAUCAGCCACUACAGCAGCAUGGCUAAGCAGACCAUGUCACGCUCCGUCUCACCAUGGCUUCCAAAUGGCAAUGUCCAGCAUGAUGAUAAACCACCCAAUACUGUCAGCCAAUGAGGCUGCUGAUGCUGAUUCACCGGUGGCCAUGUCGGCUCCGCCCACCCACCCACCCACCCCCAUCUGACUUACCUAACACUUUUCUCCAUUUCUACUCUGCUAUUUCAUUUUUCUUUUUUACUCAUGUAGUUCAUUUGUACGAGUUAUUUAUUUACUACUACCUUUAUUGUGCAAUUUCUGUUUUUAUUGUAUGGAACACCAGAUAAUUGUUUGUACAAAGGCAUGCGUCUGUGACACAUGUCAAAUGCGAAGGACCCGUAAGAAACCAUAUAGCUUCAUGACUGUCUGAUUCUUUGUAAAAGGCAUGUUGCAAAUACUGUAUGGGAUUUAUUUAUUUAUUUAUUUAUUUGUGCUUUUGUUUCCAAGCAUACUGUUUCUGUGGUUUUAUGUCCAGACUGGGAUACACAUAUAAAUAACAACAAUAACGAACAAAAAAAAAAAAAAAAAAUUCAUAUACCGAUGACAAAAUACAUGGUAAAUGUAUGUUAUGGUUCCUCCUUUGAGCCUAAGUGUAAAUAGCCCUUGAGAAGUAAGAUCCAGUGUCUGUGUUGCCAUAGGAGACAUUGUAAGAUUAUUACUGUUUCGGAUUAGAAGCCUUUUGGAGUUUUGUGUUUCACUUUAGCCAGCAGUUUAUGAUCAAUCUGAGGAGGAUGAACCAGGGACAAAAUACCAAGUGCUCUGGGAUAUAGAAACCCUGACUGCUAGGUUUAGUAAUAGAUCUGUGUCAUUAUCGCUUUUCUUAUUAUUUGCUGUCAGUAAAAAAAAUUAAAAAAAAAUCCUAAUCUUGUGCUAAAUCCUAGUUAAUUCGUAGCAAAGCCUUGAAUAUUUGAUUCUGUAUCCUUCAGGUUUAAAACAAUAAAAAUAUUAU